AAAACAUUGUGCUUCAUUCUACAAGAAUUUUUCCGAGAAAAUAAAUAAAAUUUCCCUUUAAAAAAUGAAUUAUUACGAAUGCAAUGGAAUUGCUCCAUCAACAUCAACUGCAGCCAAUGUUAUCAUUAGAAGAGAGACUUCCUAUUCGGAUUCGAACGUUAAUUGGCUGCUGUACCUAAUGUACGCUCGGAGGGAUUUUAGCUAUUGCAAAUUAAUCAUUGAGGAAUAUUUGAAGAAAAACUAUGAUACUGAAUAUCUCUAUUUUGUGCAGGGUUUAAUUGCGAGGGAGGAAGACAGAAUGACGGACGCUCUGAAAUGCUUUCAAAAUGCCAUUGAACUCAAUUCAAAGAAAUCCGAAUACUUCAAGGAAGUCGCCAAAACUCUGUACAAAAUGGGACGUCUUCGACAGAGCUUGGAUGUUUUCCUGAAAGCUGAAGCUCUUCUUGAGCGUCCCGACAAUGAACUUUACUUCUUUAUUGGAGAUCUCUUGCUGAAGAACGUUGGGCAGCCUAAGGCAGGCCCGAAGGAGGCCAAAGAGUACAUUCUGAGGGGUAUUCAGAAUGGAAAACAUCUCGAAAGUUACAAGAAAUUGGCUGAAAUUUAUAUCUCCGAAGAGGAUUUACCGAAAGCAAUUGAAGUUCUCGAAAACAGCUUGCAGAUUAAUCCUGAUGAUCCAAACACAUUAACUCAAAUUGGUGUGCUCUACCUCACAAUUGGGUCUACACAGAAUGCUUUUACAAAGCUCCUGGAUGCUCUGAAUAUCGAUGCAAAAUGCUCGAAAGCUCUCACAGCUCUCGGAGCUAUUCUUCAGUCAAAGAAUGACGUAGAUGGAGCCCUGAAUAAGUACAAAUUGCUCUCAAAUCUCGAUGAAGAAGGCUCAGAGAUUUGGAGUAAUGUUGGGCUUUGCUUCUACAAGAAGCAAAAGCUCGUGGCUGCCAUUGCGUGCCUCAAGAAAGCUGUCUGGAUCUCACCCCUGAACUUCAAUGCUUUGUACAACUUGGGCUACGUCCUGUUGAAAGCUCAGCAGUUUGCAAGUGCUUUUCACGUCCUCGCCACAGCCGUUAGUAUCAAGAAUAAUCAUGCAGAGUGUUUGAUGCUUCUUGGAGCCUGCCUGAGGUACUUGCAUGACCGCCAGGGAGCUUUUGUUGCCUUUGAGAGGUCAACAAUGCAACCAGAUGCGUUGAAAAAUCCCCUGAUUUACCUCAACUUUGCCAUUUUCUGCCACGAAGAAGGGAAAUACCAGCAAUCACGCAUUUACCUGGCCAACGUCAUUAGGAUGUCUGAAACAGUCAGCAUCCCAACUGAGUACAUUGAAGCUGCUCAUACACUGACGGGUCUGAUGCCACAGCCCGAGAAAGAUGAUCCACCGGAAGAGUCUGAGGCAAAUGUUGCGGCAGCAGCAGUGGAGGCGUUGGGGAGUACCGAAGAGGUUGCCAGGGUUGAAAUUGAACCACAUGAACCCCAAAGUGGGGAGGAAGAGGGACAAAUCACGCAGGAAGCUUCAAAUGCUGAUGGAAGUGAUUCAAUUGGCCAAAUUGGGCGACAACCCCAAUCACCGUCAGAAGAUGAUGGAGAUUUAGUCUGAAGGUGUAAGGGGCAAAGGGCAUUAAAGACAAAUUAAAUAGCAACAGGCUUUAUUUACAAAUUAAUUAAUCUACCCUAAUUAAUUGCAAUCUAAUUAUUUAGUCUAAUUAUUUGCAAUCACGCCAGUGGGCAUUUCAGUGGGCUCACAGGGAGAAACGUACACUGGGGCAAUUCAGCAAAUCUUCUUAACCAUCUCCACCACACAAAUCUCUCUAAAUUACCCAAAAUACUUAAGCAAUGAGAAAAGGAAAUAUCUACAGCAAAUUCCUAUCCUAAUGCUAAAUUUCUAUUUUUAAAAUUAACGUACAAAUUCAUUAUUUACUUAAUCUACAUUUUUUCAUUAAUUAAUUCAUUGUUUUACAUUUUAUCUUAAAUUCCUAGCAAAGUAAUGCUAUGUAUUUCUCUUUUACAUUUAAUUCGUAGAAAAAAUCUCUUUUCUUUCACUUCUAACCUUCAACUUAUUAAUAGAAAUCUAAAAGAAAUUCCCUUUGGGUGAUUUUUUCAAAGCGUGGGAUUGGGAAACGGAAUUUUCUCGCUGUGGAGAAAAAUCUUUUUCUCUCAGAAUUAUUUACAAAAGAAUUACUUAAUAAUUAGCUCUCUGUGUUGGCUCUGAGAAACAAUAAAGAGGGUAAUUUUGUGAUUACAAAAUGGCGGAAGUUUGGAAAGGACGCCGCGUGGGUUUCGUGCUUUUUGUAAUUUUAUUUAUUUUUUAAAUUCCUUGUGCGUUUAUUUUCUAAAUAAUCUUACGAUUAUUAGCAAGAUUAGGAUAUUUUUACUUUAUAAAAAUGUAGCCAUCUUUUAAAAUUCUAACCUCAAAUUCCGAUAAAAAAUUUCAAUCAAAAACUUUUUCUCGUAAUAUUUGUAAGGGCAAUAAAAUCAAUUUGCAAAA